GUCGAUUGAAACUUCAAGACCUCUCAAAGUUCAAAAAUAAUUUUCAGAAUAUCUGAUUCAGUUGUGCAAUAUGAGUAAUAAGCUAGAUUCGGGUUUUGUGAAAGCUUCAUCUGGGAAUUUACCCAUUGUGGAUAGUGAAAUGGUGAAUGAGUUUUAUGCCGCACAUAUCGAUUUCCUGAGUGCAGAAAUGAGGAAUCAGAAAACCAAACGGGCUGCCAGAGAAUGUUAUGGAGAUAAUGCAGUGGAAUAUGUUCAAGUGAAACGCAAUGGAUCUCAAUGUGUAGUGAAGGGAAACAUCACACCAGAACAUAAAAUUCACAAGAAGGCAUAUGAGGUGAUAGCUAUAAUAGAUGAGGAAGAGAAAGUUGUAUCAAAAUCAAAUUGUAUGAGCUGUGCUGCUUCAUUAGCCCACCUGACCGCACGUACUCUUUUCGAAGACGAUCGAGAUUGGCGAUCGGUGGGCCAAUGGGGCUGCGGCGUCCCGACGGCGUUGUUGAGCGCCGGUCCCAGGCGGCUCGUCUGGAGGCCACGUGCCCGAAACGAAAGAGCUGCGUUUAUGCACCUGGCGGGCGGCGAAUGA